AUGAUGUCGCGAACGGGCACGAGCAUGAACGUCGGGAUGCUGCGCAAGGACGACGCCGUGGGCCCGCCGGGGGCCGUGCCGGGCGCGGGCGGCGACGAGGCCGCGGGCCGCGAGCGGGCGGCGGCCCGCGCUCGCCAUCGCCCCACCGCGGAGAGCUGGACGCACGACGACGCGCGCUGGAGGCAGCCGCUGCAAGGCCCCUUCCGGCCGGCGCCGCGGGCUUCGCACACCGCGGUCCUGGAGUCGCCGGCGAGGGAGGGGGAAGAUGCCUGCGUCCUCGUGUUCGGCGGGCUCGGCGAAGGACUGGCGCCCGCGCGUGACACGUACAGAGUGCGGAUCACCAAGUCUGAAGACCAGGCGCUGGAGGCCGCCUGGAGCUGCGUCGACGAGGGCGGCAGCGGCCGGUGCGAGACGGCCCCUUGGGAGCAGCAGAGCCAGCCAAGGCCCCGAGCCUGCCACUCGGCCGUGUUCUGGCAGCAGGGGCAGCUGAUGGUGGUCUUCGGCGGCCUGUGCCUGGGUCUGGAAGGCGAGGCGUGCGCUUACGGGGACACCUGGCUGCUGCACGCCGACAGCGGCGCCCAGGGGGACCGCCCGGCCCCCGCGGCGUGGAAGCGGCCGCUGGCGCAGGGCGGCGCCCCCGCGCGCCGGUGGGGCCACGGGGCGUGCCUCGUGGCAGGACCGAGGCUCCAGCAUGCUGGUGUGCGGGGGCGCCGACGCGUGGGGGCAGCCGCUCUCGGACUGCUGGCUGCUGGAGCUGGAGGGGAUGUGCUGGCGCGGCCUCGAGGAGAGCCUGGGCCUCCGCGGCCUCCGCCGCGUGCCGCGGCGGCGCCGUCCGGGCGCUGCGCCGCCUCGUGGGCGGGGCCGGAGCAGGUGGCGAUCGUGUGGGGCGGCCGCGAGCUCUGGCUGUGGAGGGGGCCGGAGCAGCCUGGCCAGCCUGGUGCGGCGCGGAGGGGCCUGGAGGCGCCAGAGCGCCGGGGCAUCGACGACCUGCUGCGCGGGGCCCGGGCGGCGGCGGAGGAGCCGGCGCGAGCGGACGCCGAGGCGGAGUCCCCGUCCCCGCCGCCCAAAGGCGUCGGGCUCGGGCAGCUCCCGGAGCCGCCCCGGGAGUUCUUCGGCCGGCUGCCGCAGGGCAAG